GUCUCUGAAAUCACUGUGUGGGUCUUGCGUUUCAUAAGGGAUCUCUUCGCUUAUUUGUUUUCUUCUAUCACUCUUAGUUUCUGGGUUUUGCGCUUCAGAAUUGCAGCUAUGGGUUGCGAUUCUAAAAGAAGGCGUAGAGAGGAUGUGGGUGACACAACGAUUUCAUCAUCCAAGAAGCAAAAGCUGAUGCCGGUGACAGGUUUGGAGCAGACCCAAAAGCUUCUUUGUUGCGGCAUCUUGCAGGAGCUAAUUGAUCACCGUCUUGGCUCUGUGGCUGUUCGAAUCCCUGAUUCUCAGGAGGUUCGAAGGCCUAUGGAUCUGUCCACCGUCAAAUCCAAGUUGGAGAGAGACAACUACUCCAGUAUUGAUGCCUUUGUGGCCGAUGUCAGGCUUACCUUCCAAAACGCGUCAUGGCAUUACCCUCUUGGAGAUAAACAGCGUGUAAUGGCCAGGAAUCUUGGUAAGGUUUUUGAGGCUAAGUGGAAAUUAGGGUUUCCUGAAACUAGGUCUUCAACCUUGAAAGCUUCUUGUGCUAGUUUGGAUAGGUUUGUGUCUCCUAUUAGUCCAGUGAGUCUUAAACAACUCAACAACAACAACAACAAAAGAGAGGCCAAGAGGUCAUCCAGAAACCUUGACGAAAAGAAGGGUUCUGCUUCUGCAGUGGAUAAAGAUAAGGAACACCGAAUCAAGCGCGGCCUUGACGAAGGGAAGGGUUCUGCUUCUGCUAUCACUUGUGCAGUGAAUAAAUAUAAGGAGCUCCGAAUCAAGCGGCUAAGGGAACAGGCUCGUAAGGAAAUUUUGAGGGUUGAAGAGGCUGCUCGCUUGAAAGUCGAGAAUCCUUUACAAGAUCUUCAACAACUCAAGUUGUUGUGCAGUGGUGGCAUCAAACAGGAUUCUUGUUACAGGGUUUAUCGUUGGUUGACACUUGAGAAGUUGGGCAUCUAUCUGAAGAGGGAUGAACUUGAAGAUGUUGAUGAGGAUGAAUUUCGCAUUGGAGAUUGGGAAGAAGAUGGAGAACAGAGUCCACAAACAACUAAAUAUUACAUCCACAUAUGGUGGCAUAUCAUCAUCAUCAUCAUCAAGUACAUACUGCUGCGUAGCAAAAUUUAUUCUAUGUACAAAAAUUCAUGUACAUAGAAUAAAUUUUGUAUUUAGUGUGCUCCAAUAUUUGCUGUGCUGUACUUGGUUGAGUAUUGAGGGUACGUACUUUUCUUCAUAGACAGCAUUCAAUUUAGACUGCUGAAAGUUUACGUCUUGGACAUGAACUUAUUCUUGGUUCACUUGUGUACAGAAUUCUGUUUCCUCCAGAAUGCAUGGUGGCUUUACAUUUUGUGUUUUGAACUUUUGAAGCUAGGAAAACUAUGUUGUGAACUUUUAGUAUAAAGAGUUUCCAUGCUAGAAAUCAAGAUUUUCAAUUAACUUUUAAGUUGGCAUGCUGAAGCUGGUUAACUUUUUUAGAAGGUGUAUAGCAUUAGAAGCUUAUGAGAUGGUUAAAGAACAGAAGUAUUAUGUUUGAAAGCAGACAAUUAUUUGCUAUCAUCUUUCAGCUUUGACUUGUUAUGAAUUCUCAAUUUCACAUCCUGUCUAUGUGCUAUUAUAAUCGCUUUAUCUGCUUCUACUUCUUAGAUCAGUCGGAACUGGUUUUCAAUUAAUUAUCUUGGUUUUAAAAAUUAUUUCCUCUGUGUGUUACUAAUGACCUUGUGGAGAAGUUAAAUUACCUUUCCAUCUUGGUUUCACGGAAGUUCGAUGUCUACCUUGAUCAUGAGGCACAUCCACCAAACAACGAACAUGUCAAAGGGGACAAUCAGAGACAAGUUUCGAGAUUUUGAAUUAGUGCAAAACAGGCUGAACCAGUCGAAAUGUUCAGGUGAGAGUGUGGUCUAUAAGGGGAUCAUUGCUGUACUGCAAAAGGCAGACCAAGAAUUGAGCAAGAUCAGGAGGGAUCAAAACAAGAAAAAUACUAGUAGUUGGUUUUGGACUUCUGAGUUCUGAUUGCAAAUAUGGAGACUGUUCUGAGCUUUCCGAUGCUGCCUGAAGAACAGGUAUUGAUGAGAAGCAGUUUACCAUUAUUGGAAAAAACACUCAUCAAGAUGGGGACAGAGCUGAAUGAGAUGGAAAUCAAGGUGAAUGAAAUGAAAGACAAAUUCACUACAUCUUUGAAGACUGGGGAUUCUGCAAUGGAUGCUUUUUUCCAACUCUUCUGCAAUGCAACUUCAGACUAUGAUUUGGAAUGAUGCCUAUGUUCUGCUACUUUCUUACUAUCAUAUAUUCUGCUUUUUUAAGUCUUGUGUGUGUGUUCUGUUACUGUUAAUUUAGUUUGAGUUGUGUUAGUUGCUUC